AUGCGAUCCCUUGUACUUCUUGCCGUCCUGGCUGCUUGCUACCUAUCUGUUUCUGCUAAAAUGCAGAACGUAACCGUCAAAGGUAUUACUGUGUGCAGUAAGAAGCGUUUGGCCAACGUUCAUGUCGAGCUAUACGACAGAGACACAUUGGACCCUAACGACCUUUUGGCCGAGACGCACACCAACUCCGAAGGAGAAUUUGAACUAUUCGGACAGGAAGACGAGGGUUGUGUACGUGUUGGUGACUACAUCGUACCCUCGGAUAAGAUCGGUGGAAUCUACGACAUGACCUACGUGACACUUGACAUCGUCGUACAGGGCGAGAAGGAGAAGUGCUAG